UCUGGGUCAGAGUGGUCUGUCAUCUCAGACAAUCAGAGAGCGCGGGAGCGGAGGGGAAGCACAGCGACAGACAGUGCGAGCACAGCAGGAGAGAGGAGGUAGAUAUGUCAGAGGAUGUGGUUUUCCUGAGCUUGCAGAACAACUGCACGGACAUACUUUGAGCAUGACCUAAACGAGAGCAUGCAAAGAGUGUUUGCCGUGCUCUGUUUCGCUUCCUGAGGAGGACUGAGCCCCCCGAUCCGAGCGGGAUUUAGAAGACCGGAGCCGGGCUUCCUUCCCCUCUCUCCGCCGCAGUGAUUUCACACAGGAUUUACAGAGUUCUUUUUCUUCUCAUUCUUGUUCUUUUUCUUCUUCUCGCGUGCACGCCUGCUCCUCUUGCCGAGUGCCAUAUCUGAUCUCAGCUCACUGCCGUCCGCGCGUUUCACAGCGACGCCGUUUCACUGAUCAGAGUCAAACUUCCAGCACCUGCGGCUCCCGACAGUUCCGGAUCAAAGCGGACUCUGACAGGAGUAGGGGAGAUGGGCUGUGGGCUGAGGAAGAUCCGUCAGACAGAGGACAGCAGUCCAGGGAAAAUUUACUCCACCCUCAAGAGGCCGCAGGUGGAGACCAAGAUUGGCGUGACCUACACAUACUGCCACCUGGACUUUCUGGUUGGAAAGGAAGAUGGAACAUCCACUCUGUGUCUGUCCUCGGUGCGGGAGCUGCCAUCUCAGCUGCAGGACCUGUACCAGCAGGGAUUUGUUCUCACAGUUGUCCACCCCUUUGUCCACCCCUGCGGCCAGGAGCCUGCCAGCAUCCAACAGCAGCUAUACCGAGUGGUCCUCACCAAACUGCCCGACAGCUCUGAGAAGAGUCCGUCAGACUUUGAGCCGUACCAUCUAAAGCUGGAGGAGUGUUUAUCCGCUGAACAUAUUCCUAUGGCAGAGCAUAUCCAAGGCUACGUGAAAAAAAUCCAGGAUGCGGCAGACCUGGGCAUCACCUUCGCCGGCUUCGUCCAGGAGCCCGCGGGGAUACGCCCUCGCACCGCAGCCCGGGCAGCCAGAGGAGAGCCGGCCCUCUCUCUCCACUCCAGCCCGAGCUCGCUGCGCAGCUCCGAGCUGACGGCCAGCCCCAGCCACCAGGGGGAGCCGGACACGUUGGGGGAGGGCGUGGCCGAGAACGGGAGCGAGGACUGGCGCAGUAGCGCGGGAAAUUUGGAGGCGGAGGAAGCGUCUGGGCACGCAGGGGGAGACACGGUUUCGGACGACACGUCCGCCGCCUUGACGCUGGAGUCUUUCGAAGGACGGGACGACACACCAUCACAUAACAACAACAAGGCCAAGGGCGUGGAGCUGAGUGAUAAAACCACCAAGCCCUCCCUCUCCAAGAACGGAGUGGAGCUCUUUGGCCUGUUUAACUACCCGGGCCGGAGGCGGGGCCCGCUGAAGUACUACACGGUAAAGGUUCCCCUCCGGGUGCGGGCGGAGGAGGCAGGGAUGCCAGCUGUCGAGGCCGACUGGCUGGAUCACAUGACCCAGCACUUCAAUGGUGGUGCCUCACUGGUCGACGGCUACUUUCACCUGGGCAACGAAAAUGAUAAGCUGCCCAAGGUCAUCGAGGGCGUGUUCGUCUUCCAAGAGGCAGAGCCCAGCACGAGCACGGCCUACGACGCCAUCGUGGUCGAGCAGUGGAGCGUCGUUGAUGGGGUGCAGGUGAAGACGGACUACAUCCCCCUUCUUGAGUCUUUGGCCUCGUUUGGAUGGAGGCUCACCUGUGUGCUGCCUACACCCAUCGUCAAGACCAACAGCAAUGGGAGCCUGUCCACCAAGCAGAUAGUGUUCCUCCAGAGACCAGCUCUGCCUGCAAAGAAGAGACAAUCCAAGAAACUCAUCUUUCGAACGCGGAACAAGUCGGGCAAGAACUCUGUCAAAGAUGCGCCGAAGAACAAGAAGAAGAAAAACGCCGCCGCCACCGCCGCCGAGAAAGAGCUCGAGGGUCCGAAGCUCCAGGACGGCGCGGAAAAACCCGAGAGCGCAAACGAGAUGACAGGCGCCAGCGAGGGGCGAGGCGGCCAAUCCGACGGGGAGCUGGCGCAGGAGGGGGUAGGAGAGGGGAAGAAGAGGAGCGAAGGAAGGGGCGAGGUCGAGACAGAGGUGAGCAGAGAGGGAGGGGUGGAGCUGGCAGGACAGCGACAAGAUGAGCAAGCGGGCAAGACAGAGUGCGACGACCAGGCAGCAGAGGUUAAAGACGGAGAAAUGGAGAGUGAAGAGGGGGGGAGUGACCGGAAUAAAGAGAGUCCGCAGACCUGCCGCCAGCAGGAAAGCGGAGAGGGGCAGAAGCAGUCAGCCAAUGACAGCAGCUGGGAGAACCAACAGGAAAGCAGCAUCACCGUGGACGGAUCGGCGCCCGCAGCCAACGGCUCUCCAGCCAAUCAGGAGUAAGUGCACCGCUCCUGCCUUAUCCGUAGGGGUCGGGCUGUCGCGAGCCUUUCCGCAUCCAAACACGGACACCGUCGCACCAAAACCUCACACCUGCUCUCAUGACCUCUCAUAAUCCGCACUGCACGCUUACGAAGAGUGGGGGCGUACGAGCAGAUCUUCCUCACGACUCCCAACACGGCCUGGGGAAAGGGUGGGAGGGCUGCUAUCAAGAAAAAGCACUGGAUAUUAAAACCACCUGGGGAAGUAGAAUAAAUGAGCCGCGAGGGCCCCAGGGCUGACGGAAUCCACUGACUCUGGUUCUCUUGCCCUCUCCCGCCCCCCAGAAACUCAGUCCAAAAUAAACCGUGCUACGUUAGCAGAAAGUACAUCCCAUGUGCUUAAACGUGAGUGGAACAGCAGAGGAGAGCAGUCAGCUAUUGUUGCGAAAGGCAAUCUGUGGUAAAGUAAACAUGAUCUCGGUAUUGUUGUGUCCUUCUGUUUACAAUUAUGAGUAUAUUCAAUUACCCUCCCUGCAAACACAGAGUAGUAAACGCACACGGAGAAGAAUUGCUUUGCAACAGCGUUUGACAUGCUUCAGUUUCAUUUGGGCUGUUGGCUAUCGGAGCACAUUUUUAUGACUAACCCAGCUGAGAAGAGCCAUGGAAUCCAGAGUGAGACUUGCUUUCUGAUUCAUAUUUUAAACCAAUCUGUGCUGAGUCUGUCACACAACUCUUUUAUUACAGUUUUUUCUCCUUUGUUUGUUUCUCGCUUGCCGAGGUAAUGAAUGUCGAAACCCUUGCUGUCUUGAGGGUAACUUCAGCCAACAGAAACAAAAAAGCUAAUAAAUGGGAACGUGACUGAAGAACCCCGCUGACAAACGAGGACCGGGUCCUCUGUGCUGGAAAACAGCUGUUACCAUGCAAGCUGCAGAACAGCUAGUGUGGAGUCUGUUUGGGCAGUGGAAAAACUUAGUGUGUCUCGCCUCUUUGGGCAGGCCCAUGUUAGGGCAACAUCAGAAAAGAAAGACACACGUGUUAGCCGAAGGACACCUUUCGUUCACUCAUAAACCACAACAAGGACGCGUCUGAUUCGGCGUUCAGUUCACAGUUCAUUUCCUAGUCGUACAUUGUCAUAAGAUGUAUGGUGUCAAAUGUAGGAAAUCAACUUGUGUGGUUCAAGGGCAAGGAUUUCUCUUCAUGGAUAAGAUGUCUAGAGAGGCAGAAAGUGCCCCAGAGGGAAGGGCUUCAGAAUUGUCCCAGGUGUCCCAAAAGUGCCACCCCUCCUCAGUAUCGACCGGUCGCAGCUGCAGGGAUUAUCGUCCAACCUGAGAGAGGGAAAAGGCUUUUAGCGUCCACAUGGCGCAGACCUUACCUCACAACCUGGCUUUCCACACAAAGAUUAAGCCAAAAGGAUUUUCCACAGAGAACCACCAGUGCUGCUGUCGAUUGGUCCAAGACAGGGCUUAAUCUGUGCCCAGGGAAACUGGCCAAAAAGACAAUUGUUUUACCCCUGAGUCCUUUCACGUGACUGCGGCAAAGGACCCACAGAUAACAGAUGUGUGGAGAGUGGGCAUGGGAGAGUGGGCACGUCUGGUGCCCAGCACGGUGGUGCCUGGCUCCCAGGUCCCUGGUGGCAUGCCAUUCGCCACACGCCCUGUGGCGGCCCAGGGGGCCUGGCCUACGUACACCUCUUAACGACAAAAGAGGCUCCACCUAAAUCUCAAAGGUCGUUGUAAACUGUCUGGGUAGCUGUCAAGGCCUGAGAGGAGGAAUUAAACACUCAUGGAUCUUCACGACGACAUCACCCCAGACCUUUACUGGGAGCACUGGACGUCCUCUCAGUUUCAUAAUGGGUCAAAAAAGGCGCUGUCCACAUUCAGGGUUGUAUUUUGGGUUUUUUUUUCCCUCUUUGCCACAGAGGUGUUGACGGGGGACGCUCAGCGAUGUGUGGCAUUUCAGAGCUGCUUCUGCUUUCAUCCUGUUAACUGGUCCUAGUCAGUGAGGAGCUCGCUGGAGGGAUGGGACAUGGGCUUGCUCGGAAUGGGAUUCGGAAUGGGAAUGGCAGAGUGCAUUUUCUUCGUGAUCACAGCGUUCUUUGCCGAACAGGAAAGAAAAACAUUCCAAACUGGCCUUUAUCUUAAAGCUCUCUUAGUACUGAUAAAUUAGGAAAUACUGAUGUGGUCUCUUUGGUUGUUUAUUAUGGUUUAUGUCUCCUGGCUUUGUGUCGGGCUGCUGUCGGUGCCUGUGUCACGCGUGCGUGGAAUAUAGCUUAGUGUCUCGGGCUCCCUGACACGGUCGCUUAAUGUGGAUUAGCAGUCAGACUCCUGUGUGAAACCUCAAGUCUCUUGGAAUUGUGACUGGGAGGUCAUUGCUGCCUGGAAAGGUGUUGAAGAAACUUUACGCUGUUGCUUCGUAGAUGUUGGACGUCAAAUGGAACAAGGACGGCAGAGUUAGCUGGUUGUGAUAGAUGUAUGUGUUAUGUGUCCUGUGCAAGUAACACACACCGCUCCCCAGCAUCUCCUCGCAAAAUGCAGACACCGCGGCCUGUGUGAUAAGGGCUGCCCUGUGUUUUGUGUCCUGCCUUGGAGAGAUCUGUGCGUGGACCGCAGAGUCAUCAGAAGACGUGGAGUGCAUGGCCUAGGGCGUUCCACGUCUCACCCCAGAAACAUUCUCUCACCUCAAGUACAGAUCUCAUGUGAUCUCAUGCGCACUUUGUUCAUUUCAGCGUAACCUUUUCAUGUGUCAGAACCUUUGGCAGCGGGAAGAGAGGUUAUUACAUGUAAUAAUGCAUAGAACCUUCUGUAGCGGGGAGAGAGGUUAUUACAGGUAAUAAUGCACAGAACCUUCUGUAGCAGGGAGAGAGGUUAUUACACGUAAUAAUGCACAGAACCUUCUGUAGCGGGGAGAGAGGUUAUUACAGGUAAUAAUGCACAGAACCUUCUGCAGCAGGGAGAGAGGUUAUUACAGGUAAUAACACACAGCUCCUUUGGUCCUUUGUCUGUUUCCUUUCUUUCCUGAUCUGCUGAAAUGAGCAUAAAGACAGGCGGAACUGCGGGAGGACUGUGCGAGAUUUCAUGCUGAAGGGUUUUUUUUUUCUUCUUCUUCUUUUUUCUGCUGCUGGUGAAGUCCGUACAAAUGGUGUUGCAUAUCUGAAAAUGUGCUUUGAAAUCUGCCUCCAUUUUAAAGGGCGUUUCUUCAAUUGUUGUCACAUUUGUAAAACAUUACCUUCUGUUACUUUGUAUAAGAUGCAAUGCAGUCCAUCCAUAAGUCAUCAGACAGUGACAGGAUACGUUGUUUUGGCUCUGUACCCCAGCACAGUGGAUUUGAAUUCUUAUAAUUAAACUAUUACUAUUAGGUUCAAGUGCAGAUUGUCAGCGUUAAAUGGGUGAACCAUAAAAGAACCAUUAAGGCAUUUUUUUACGAGACCAUAAAUAACCAGUUGGUUACACAGUUGUUUUUACGGCCUGUAGUCGUUGCAUCACUAUCUGAUUUACAAGACAGCAAAAAUGAAAAAUUGGACGUGGCUUUUGUAUCCAGAGUCUGUUAGCUCCCUCUCUCAGUAUGUGGAUGAAAAUAGUGUCAGUCAGUGACAGAGACACAGGGCAUCAUGGGCUGAAAACAUCCAAAUGAAUCAGUCCGACACAAAGCGGAAACGUUUGGCAUGUCGGAAUUGACUGUACGAGCAGAAGAACGCACAGGUGAGGUGAGCUCGGCACUGACAGACAACCCGGCAGAUUAGGACAGCUAUGGGAGCAGAUGAUGAAGCAUCAUCAGAGAAGACAGCCAGUGUUUUGGGGAUGUCUGUAAGCUGACAGCCUCAGGCAGUCAUCCGUUCCAAAUGAUCUGCAAACAAGUACCGUGCAUCGCAGUUUUAUUUAAGAUCAUAUCGAAUUGUCCAAGUGUCUUCACCAGCGAUGGAAGGACCUUGGGUAAAAGCACCUGUAAAUCCUAAAUGGGUCACCUAACGGCGAUGUAAAUACCCACCUCUGUCCAGUGAGCUGUGAUACAGAGCCAAAGCAACAAGCAACUGUCACUGUGAAAUGCCUCACAGGCUGCACUGUGCGUUCAUGUUUUCUGUACAAUUUGUAUAUUAUAAAUAUGAUUUAUAUUUGAUUUGCCUUAAGUAUUUCUGACAUAAAUAUUCUAAGAUUA